AUGGCCUUAAGGACAAUACCAACAAAACAGAGUCUCUUUCUCUCAAUCCUUCUUCUUCUCUCCUUCACAUUACAAACCUCUGGCAAUCAGGAAAAUGAAAACAUAUCAGAAUGUGGGCCUGCAACUAGCAGCUGUUACAAUAAGUCCAAGGCCCUUCAUCUCAAGAUCAUUGCCUUCGCUACUAUAUUGAUUGCUAGCAUGAUAGGUGUCUGUCUCCCUCUUUUAACUCGUUCAAUCCCAUUCCUUCAACCCGAUCGUGAUCUCUUCGUCGUAGUAAAAGCAUUCGCAUCUGGUGUCAUCCUUGCAACUGGGUAUAUGCAUGUUUUGCCUGAUUCCUUUGAUUGCUUGAGAUCACCUUGUCUACCUGAAAAUCCAUGGAAGAAGUUUCCUUUCACUACUUUUGUUGCAAUGUUAUCUGCUUUAGUGACAUUGAUGAUUGAUUCAUUUGCAAUGAGUUAUCACAAGAAACAUAGUAUGGGACCAACUAUCCGAAAUGCUGAAGUUAAUAGAAUUAAUAGCAAUUCAGAUGAUCAAAACAAGCCACUGCGAGUGAAGGGAGAUGAAGAAGCUGAUUCACAAUUGUUACGAUAUCGUGUUGUUGCUCAGGUUUUGGAAUUAGGCAUUGUUGUUCAUUCUGUAAUAAUUGGUCUUUCACUAGGGGCAUCUAUGAAUCCUUGCACCAUUGGGCCACUUAUUGCUGCCCUUUGCUUCCAUCAGCUCUUUGAAGGAAUGGGUCUUGGUGGAUGCAUAUUACAGGCAGAAUACGAUAACAAGAUGAAAGCAAUAAUGGUGUUCUUCUUCUCGGCCACGACUCCGUUCGGGAUAUUACUUGGGAUUGGUUUGUCAAAUGUGUACAGUGAUAACAGUCCCACGGCUUUGAUCGUUGUUGGCAUAUUGAAUGGUUCAUCGGCCGGAUUACUGAAUUACAUGGCUUUGGUUGAUCUAUUGGCAUCUGAUUUUAUGGGACCUAAGCUGCAAAAUAGUGUCAAGCUUCAAAUAUGGGCUUACAUUGCUGUUCUUUUAGGUGCUGGUGGAAUGUCCUUAAUGGCAAAAUGGGCAUGAAGAGGUGACUUUCUAGGAUUUUUUUUGUAAUGAUUUUUGGGAAGGAUUAUUAAGAGAGGUGGUUUUGUAGGAUUUUUUUUGUCAGCAUUUGUGCUUAAAAUGGAAGGAAAUGGAGAGGCUACCUCAGUUUUGUAGGGGUU